UGACGGUGGUACGCGGGAAAGUUAAGAAGCCUACGAGCAGCUGAACGGCAGUAAACAUGGCUAUGAGAAAUGCAUCUCGGGUGGAGGUGGCAGCAGAGGUUGAGGAGGAGGAAAGCUUUGGGCCACAGCCUGUCUCCCGUCUGGAGCAAUCUGGUGUCAGUAGCAGUGACAUCAAAAAGCUUGAAGACGCUGGCUUUCACACUGUUGAGGCCGUGGCGUACGCACCCAAGAAAGAACUACUGAACAUCAAGGGAAUCAGCGAAGCCAAAGCUGACAAGAUCCUGACAGAGGCAGCUAAAAUGGUUCCCAUGGGAUUCACUACGGCGACUGAGUUCCAUCAGCGCAGAGCUGAAAUAAUCCAGAUCUCCACUGGAUCCAAAGAACUGGAUAAACUCCUGCAGGGAGGAAUUGAGACGGGAUCCAUCACUGAGAUGUUUGGAGAGUUCCGUACAGGAAAGACACAGCUGUGCCACACACUGGCCGUCACCUGCCAGUUGCCCAUCGAUCAGGGAGGCGGGGAGGGAAAAGCCAUGUACAUCGACACAGAAGGAACGUUUCGUCCAGAGAGACUCCUGGCUGUGGCUGAGAGGUACGGGUUGGUGGGCAGCGAUGUGCUGGAUAAUGUAGCGUAUGCUAGGGCCUUCAACACAGACCAUCAAACACAGCUGCUGUACCAGGCCUCUGCCAUGAUGACUGAGUCCAGAUACGCUCUGCUGAUAGUAGACAGCGCCACAGCACUUUACAGAACAGAUUAUUCUGGGCGAGGAGAACUGUCAGCCCGUCAGGGGCAUCUGGGGCGAUUUCUACGCAUGCUGCUCCGUCUCGCUGAUGAGUUUGGCGUGGCUGUCGUCAUCAGUAACCAGGUGGUGGCGCAGGUGGAUGGAGCGGCCAUGUUUUCUGCCGAUCCCAAGAAGCCGAUUGGUGGAAACAUUCUAGCACACGCAUCAACUACUCGAUUGUAUCUGCGGAAGGGUCGAGGCGAGACGCGGAUCUGUAAGAUUUAUGACUCUCCGUGUUUGCCCGAGUCUGAAGCCAUGUUCGCCAUCAAUGCAGACGGAGUGGGUGAUGCCAAAGACUGAGAAAUAAUGCUGGUCAAAGAAACCUUUAUUACGGGGUGAAACCAGGAAAAGAAAUGUUUAUGUGACCUGUUGGUUUCUCAGAUACACAUUGUUGGGCUGGAAAUGUUAAAAGGUUUUGUAAACUGAAUGAAAGGUGAAGUUGCGCCUGAAACUGGCACCGUACAGAAGAGUGGCUUCUAUAACAUCACAAUAUUAACAGCAUUGUGUGAUGUGGUUUUCAUUUAUUUCUGUACAGUUUUACAGAGCUACAUCACUUGAGCAGGUGUAACUAUUUGAGGUCAGCUGUGAUGAAAACUGUUUUUGUUAUUUACAUGUUUUUUGUUGUAUUUGUUUUGAACGGGUGAUUUUCUUGUACAUAAACUACACUGAAUUGAAGUAUUUCAGUAUUGAACUGUUGAACUCUUAUUACACCAACAUUUGUUAACUACAUAUAUAUUUCCUUAAAAAGAGCAGUGGAACAUUAAAUUAUCAUUUAAAAACAAGCAA